CAGUUUUAGCUAUGUCCCUGUUUGUGGCAGCUAGCACUUGGUUGUCCCCAGAAUAACUUUUGUUUGUUGGUGCCUUCACCUCUGUAGAGUCAUGCUCUGUAAGCUUCUUCAGUUCUAAGAUGUUUUACCUAGAAGAUAGCGGUGAAGAUGAGGAGAAGGUUCAAGAAAGCUCGUUGAGUAAAACUGCAGGUGUUUAUCAAGGCAAGGCCCCUUCUGGUAUUCUGUCGCAAACCAUGAACUAUGUGGGCCAGCUGGCCGGGCAGGUGCUCGUCACUGUCAAGGAGCUCUACAAGGGCAUCAACCAGGCCACGCUGUCCGGGUGCAUUGAUGUCGUGGUGGUGCGGCAGCGGGACGGCACCUACCAGUGCUCGCCCUUCCACGUGCGCUUCGGGAAGCUGGGAGUCCUGAGGUCCAAGGAGAAAGUGAUUGAUAUAGAAAUCAAUGGCAGUGCAGUGGAUCUUCACAUGAAACUGGGGGAUAAUGGAGAAGCCUUCUUUGUCGAGGAGACUGAAGAGGAAUAUGAAAAACUACCUGCUUACCUUGCCACCUCACCAAUUCCUACUGAAGACCAGUUCUUUAAAGAUAUUGAUACCCCUUUGGUGAAGCCAAGCAGAGAUGAAAGGCCACCGCAGAGUGCAGACAUUUCUCACACCUUGGAAACAGAGACAGUUUUCACUCCAAGUUCUGUGAAAAAGAAGAAACGAAGGAGAAAGAAGUGCAAACAAGACAAUAGGAAGGAGGAGCAGACAGUUUCUCCUGUUGCAGAAGAUGUAUUUGUGGGUGUGAGCUCUGAUGAGGAGAAGGGGGCCCAGGCAGCAAGAGGAUCUUCAAAUGCUUCCUUAAAGGAAGAAGACCAUAAGGAGCCUACCAUCUUCCGUUCUGGGGAUCACUACCCCUUAUCUGAUGGAGAUUGGUCCCCAUUAGAAACCACUUAUCCGCAGGCUGUGUGCCCCAAGAGUGAUUCCGAGCUGGAGGUGAAGCCAGCUGAGAGCCUGCUCAGGUCUGAGUCUCACAUGGAGUGGACCUGGGGCGGAUUCCCAGAGUCUACCAAGGUCAGCAAGAGAGAAAGAUAUGACUAUCAUCCAAGAACAGCUACAAUUACGCCAUCAGAAAACACUCAUUUUAGGGUUAUUCCCAGUGAAGACAGCCUCAUAAGAGAAGUUGAGAAGGAUGCUACUGUUGAAGAUACCGUCUGUACCAUAGUGAAGCCCAAACCCAGAGCCUUGUGUAAGCAACUGAGUGAUGCAGCUUCUGUUGAACUUCCUGAAGCACCUGUGGAGGCUCCUCAGAUUUCAUCUAUAUUAGAUGCAGACCAUGUUCCCUGCUCAUCCUCAAUAGAGGCUCCCGCAGAACCCAAACCAGCUGCUAAAGUUGACUCGCCAACAAAGAAGAGAGGUGUUCACAAAAGAAGUCAGCACCAGGGACCUGAUGACAUUUACCUCGAUGACUUGAAGGCUCUGGAGCCGGAAGUGGCAGCGCUCUACUUCCCUAAGAGGAUGCAGCAUCAAAGGGCUUCCAAAUGUCAGAUUUUUAACUCUCCUGUUAUUCCAUCAUGGCAAUUUAAUGACACUGACCCAGGCUCCAGGCCGUGGCCUGAAGCUGACACGUUCUCAGGCUCUCAGUCCCCACAGUCUGUGGGGAGUGCAGCUGCAGACAGUGGCACUGAGUGUCUCUCUGACUCUGCCAUGGACCUGCCGGACGUCACUCUCUCCCUCUGUGGAGGCCUCAGUGAAAAUGGAGAGAUUUCUAAAGAAAAGUUCAUGGAGCACAUCAUCACUUACCAUGAGUUUGCGGAAAACCCUGGCCUUAUCGACAACCCAAACCUCGUAAUACGGAUAUAUAACCGUUACUACAACUGGGCUUUGGCUGCUCCCAUGAUCCUUAGCUUGCAAGUAUUCCAGAAGAGUUUGCCUAAGGCCACAGUCGAGUCCUGGGUUAAAGACAAGAUGCCAAAGAAAUCUGGCCGAUGGUGGUUUUGGCGUAAGAGAGAAAGCAUGACCAAACAGUUGCCAGAGACCAAGGAGGGAAAAUCUGAGGUCCCAUCAACAAAUGACCUGCCUUCCAGUGCUGAGGAGCCAACGAGGGCCAGGCCUGCAGAAGAUGACACUUCUAGUGAUGAGGGGUCACAGGAGCUGGAAGAAACAAUCAAAGCUGACACCAUCUCCAUGGAGGCGACGAGUCACUGUAGCACAGCUUCAUAUAAGAAGUCUCUCCGACUCUCCUCGGACCAGAUAGCAAAAUUGAAGCUCCAUGAUGGCCCCAAUGAUGUCGUAUUCAGUAUUACAACCCAGUAUCAGGGCACCUGUCGUUGUGCAGGUACCAUUUACCUGUGGAACUGGAAUGACAAAGUCAUCAUUUCUGACAUUGAUGGAACAAUAACCAAGUCCGAUGCUUUGGGACAGAUUCUCCCCCAACUGGGUAAAGAUUGGACUCAUCAAGGUAUAGCUAAGCUCUACCAUUCUAUCAAUGAGAACGGUUACAAGUUUCUGUAUUGUUCCGCACGUGCCAUCGGCAUGGCCGAUAUGACCCGUGGUUAUCUGCACUGGGUCAAUGACAAGGGCACCAUCUUGCCGAGAGGCCCUCUGAUGCUGUCUCCCAGCAGCUUGUUCUCUGCCUUCCACAGGGAAGUGAUAGAAAAGAAACCAGAGAAGUUCAAAAUUGAGUGUCUGAAUGAUAUUAAGAACUUGUUUGCCCCGUCCAAGCAACCCUUCUAUGCUGCCUUUGGAAACCGUCCCAAUGACGUCUAUGCUUACACACAGGUUGGAGUUCCAGACUGUCGAAUAUUCACCGUGAAUCCAAAGGGUGAACUAAUACAGGAAAGGACCAAAGGAAAUAAGUCAUCGUACCACAGGCUGAGUGAGCUUGUGGAGCAUGUGUUCCCACUUCUCAGUAAGGAACAGAACUCGGCCUUCCCGUGCCCAGAGUUCAGCUCCUUCUGCUACUGGCGAGACCCAAUCCCUGAUGUAGAUCUGGAUGACCUCUCCUGAGCAGGGCCUGGAUGGUCCCUCACUUCCCAGCAGGGAAGGUCACCGGACCUCUUACAGAUGAAGAGCCAGGCUGUCAGGAACCUGCUUUCCAGAACUGGGACAGGGCCCCGAAGCUGGCACUGCUGCCCUCUUUCUGCUUCCCAGGCCACCGCUCAGCACCUGGACAGAGGAGUAAGGGGGACUCCGCCCCAGUGGGAAGCCUGUGCUUCAUUACCUAUGGGCUCCCACAUGCUUCCUGGACAGUGUGUGCUGGGUACCACUCUGCUGCCGAGUUUAAAAAGGAAGAAACCACAAGCUUAAAAGACUGGAGCAGCACAUUACUACACCAAGUAAAGAGUUAAAAUUUCCACCUCAGUUGAGACCGUUUCUCUCUGUAGCCAGGGCUCUCCCUGGAGGGCCAGGUAGUGUUGCCGGCUCUGUGUGUGUCCUCCUCAGGACACCUCCAUUCUUCUCACUGAACUAGAACACCUGCUUCCUGUGCCAAGUUGGGCAGCCCCCGGCACCUGUGUGCCAGCACCGUGAGCCCAGCUGCACCAGCAUGGGCUCUGGAGGGAGAGCACCCCGCAUCGUCAUCUCCUCACCUGUCCCUGCUGCACCCUGAGAGAGAAAGUCUGUUACUGUUGUGACCUCGCCAGAAGAUCAGGCACAUGUGUCAUGUCUGCAAGUAGCAGGGAGAAGUUGGUUUAAAGCACAGAAAAGGUGGUGGCAGCUUCACCUCAGAGGUGCAGAAAGGCAGCUGCGCUGGGUCCUGGGAAUAACCCUGUUCUCUGGCAUUGUCACCUGCCUGAAGUGGCCCUUGGUAGGUAUUUCAGAACAGGAUUUUUGAGAUUGUAGGCUUCAGAUUUGCCAAGGAAAAAGCCUUUGGCUAGUGGCAUUGAUCAGCUAUUUGGAUUCCAACCAUGUAAUGAAGUCCAUGGAGGCAUGUGAAAGGAGUUCUGAUGUGCCUGUUGAGAGCUAGCAUCUCAGCAGCAGCCUCAGCCCAUCACUGUGACUCUCGUGCAGAUGAGGGCCCAUGGGGUAUGAGUCCCCCGGCCCGUCCUUGGCGGCAACACACUCUGGCAUGGUGAGUACUUUGGUCAAGUGUUGGAACGAUGGCACCGGGGAGUGAUGUCCUAAAGUCUGCAGAGCCUGUGGCCAUCUGGGUGUGGACAGUGCUAACGUCAAGAGAAGUGUUGGAGGAAGGCGCUCCAGUGACCGUCAGUGGCUCUUGGUCAGGGCCCUGCACUGGGAAGAUGGAAGUAGAGCUUCUGAGCAGAGAGGGGCUGCACCUAAAGAGAGUUCUGCUUCAGCUCUGCGCGCCCCUGCAGAGGACGGCUGGCCGUACUGUGCUUUAGUUCGCUUCACCUAGAGCUGGCUUUGGAAAGGGGUGGUUAUUUUCCAGAUUGGAGAGUUGAGUGUCCCUGCCUCAGUUUAGUAUUGCAGUUGAAUGCAGAGACUGUGGUAAUGAUUCUGAAUAAAAGAAGACAAACCCUUUGAAACAUAGUUCUGAGUGGCAAAACCUGGAGGCACAUACUCCCAUCAAAGGGGUACUCCCCACAGUGCUGCUAUCCCUGUCAGAGUUAUUGGUGUCAGUAGUCGUAGGGAAACAGUUAUGUUUAUGUGAAAUAAGAUUCUGUGGGCUGGAGACAUGGCUCAGCAGUAAAGAGUUAUCUGCUCUUCCAGAGGUCUUGAGUUCAGUUCCCGGCAACCCCAUGUGGCUCACAACAAUCCGUAGUGUGAUCUAAUGCCUUCCUCUGGCGUGCAGGUGUACAUGCAGGCAGAGCAUUCAUAUACAUAAAAAUAGAUUGUGCUAAAGCAGCCUUGUGGCACUUGACACCAUGAAGCCGUCGGCACCCCAGGUGACGUGACACACCUUUGCUCUGGGGGAAGAACGAGAGUUGUGUGCACUUAACGUGAGCUUAGUCGGCUCUCUGUGUUACAGAAAAUCUAUCAUGUUUCCUCCUCAGACCAUUUCUGUUUGUCCUUUAGGGAGUUUUUGCUGAGCUAGUCUGUUUCCUUUUCCUGACACUUUCCCUUUGGACACAUGGGCCUUUUCAGAAGGUCCCUUAUCGGCUCGGGGUCUCCUGGCCGUACUGAGGUGGCUGAUCUUCUUUCCCCGUGUCCGUUAGCCCUGCACUUGUCACUGCAGAUUGAUCAGUGGGUAUUUAGGCUAAUGAAUGUAACUCUUCUUCCUUAUUUAAAGGAGUCUUCUUGCUGAAAGGACAUGAUUACUAUUACUGUAGUGUUAUUAAGUAUUAGGUGUGUGCUGAAAAUCCAUUGCCAUUUGUUACAAAUGACAUUUGUUCUUUCUGUGAAAGAGAGAUGCCCUCAAGUGUGUUUGCACACAAACCCUCAGAUGGCUUGUUGCAGUGUCCCCCUUGUCUUCAGUGACAAGUGAUGUUGAAGGGACAGACCGGCUUGUUGCAUCAGUGGACCGCCCCCUUUGUCUUUGUCUUCGCAGUUCAGUCUGAUUUUAGCGCUGGCUUUGAUGCUGAUUGUUGGAGCUUGCACUGCUGUGGAAUUGGUGGCUGCUCUCUGUCAGGCUGUGUAGGCUGUACAUGCCUGGAGUAUGCACACGUAGGCCUGUGAUCAGUACUGCAUUUCCUGUGGUCUAACCCAUCUUCAAAGUCAGUUGGAAAAAGAAAUGUACUAUUGUGAUGACCCAAAACAAAAGCUGCUAAAAAUCCUAAACCAGACAAGGACCAGAGCUGAGCAUCAGGGAAGCUCCCAUCCUCUGCAGCCCUUGCCCGUGGGGCGGGGCCAGCCUUCUGUAGUUCUCCUCAAAGCCCAGCGUCCAGAAGAGAAGAAACGGUUAAGGAGACAAGAGCACCCUCUUUUUGCAAGUUUAUCAUAGAGCUCUGGGAAGCCUUGUUUCCAUGUUUUACAGCACACUGGGGUUUAUUUAAAACCGGGUGAAGUAAGUGCUCUUCCAGGGGAAAAACUUUUUUUGACAUGAAGGCAGAGGAAAGAUUUCUUUUAAAAAUUAGGUUCAGCUGAUGAAGUAUUGGAUUGUUAGACAGCAAUGUGACUAAGCAGCUUUAAGCUGUCAGGAAUUGUAAACAUCACUGCAAUACCUUCAGUUAUGGCAAAGAUGUCUCCAGAUGAAUGGCUCAUAUUUUGGUGCAGUGUUUGAUGUUCACAACACAAUGUUACAAUAAUAAACUAACAAAAACUGA